CACACACGUACACUUAUGACGUGAGCGCAUGUGCGCAUGCGGAUUCAGUGAGAUUAUAGUUCAGCCACUAAUCGCGCAGGCGCUCUGAGUUUUGAAGUUAGCCGACUGCCUUGAGCAGGCCUGGCCUUGAGGAAGCAAGAGAAACCCAGCGAAUACAGUGAGGCACAAGAAAGAGAAAAGACUGUACAUGAUAUAAGCAAGAUUAGUCUAAUUUUUUAGCGAAUACAAUUCGGCGCUUGUUGUUGAAGCUUUUUUGUUUACGUAAUGGCGUCAACUGGCGCAGAAACUGUAACUGAUGAUAGAAGUGAAGCGAUUCCUACUGAAACGAUCACAAACGUGUUACCGGACGCAACACAAAAGUCGAUUAUAAUGGAAAAGGAAGCAGAUAUAACCAGUGCUCCACCGAAGAAAACUCGAGUGGAAAUUCAAUCACUGCCAGCAAGACAAUAUCUAGACCAAACUGUUGUGCCAAUUCUUUUAGCAGCACUGUCUAGUUUAGCAAAGGAAAGGCCACCAGAUCCUAUAAAUUAUUUGGCAUCUUAUCUAUUGAGAAAUAAAAAUCAAUAUGAUACUGGUGGAUCUCCAUCUACUACUCAAUGAUUCUGAGCAAAAGUUUACCCAAGUGCGUUA